UCGGCCGCGCCGGCCCUGCCCUCCGUGCCGGCGGCGGGGCCCGGCCCCGCGCCCAGCACAGUCCCCGGCCCGGCGGCGGCCCCGCGCCGCUCCUUGGGCCUGGCGUUCUCCUUGUCCUCCUUCAUCCCGGCCCCGCUCUGGAUCCCGAUCCCGGACCAGGGCAGCGCCGCGCGCCCCCGCGCGCCCAUUGGCCGCCGACUCUCGCGAGACUACGCCUGAAACGGGCCGAGGGCUCCGCCGGACUACAACUCCCGGCGUGCACCGCGCCCGGCACCGCCAGUCCCGGCGGUAUCAGCGACCGGCACCGGGUGCGGGAUUGGGAUUAGGAUUGGGAUCAGGCGGGCUGGGGCGCGGCACGGCCUCGGCCUCGUUCCUUGCCGAGGGCCGGUCUCCCGCAAGCGCUGUCGCUCCCGCCGCCCCUCCGGCCCGCCGGGCUGUGACGGGCGCGGGGCAGGCCGGGAAGGGCGCGGGGCAGGCCGGGAGUGCCCCGGGAGCGCCCCGGGAGCGGCGCAGCGGGACCGGCACCGGGACCGGUAGCGACACCGGCAGGAUGUGGUACGAGAUCUUGCCCGGCAUGGCCAUCAUGGGCGUCUGCCUCAGCAUCCCCGGCUUCUCCACCAUGUUCAUGAACCGCUGGAACAACGGCGGCAAGGAGAAGAGGAUCGCCCGCUUCCCCUUCCAGUGGGCCCUGAUGGAAAGGGAUCGGCGGAUCUCGGGUGUCAACAAGUACUACGUGUCCAAGGGUCUGGAGAAUAUAGACAAAGGUGGCAGCACUUUGAAGAAUCCACGUAUCUACUGAGAAUGAUUGAACUCCUAAAUAAAGAUAUAUGUGUGUUCAGCCCUUGUAUCUGUGUUGCUGUAGUGGGAUGACCGAGGCUGGACACCAGGUGCUCACCAAAGCUGCUCUGUCACUCCCCUUCUCAGCUGGACAGGGGAGAGAAAACAUAAUGAAAGGCUCAUGGGUGGAAAUAAGGACUGGGAGAGAGAUCACUCAGCAAUUACUAUCAAGGGCAAAUGAGACUCAACUCGGGGAAAUUAAUCUAUUGUCAAUCAAAUAAGAGCAGGAUAAUGAGAAAUAAAACCAAAUGGUGAAACAC